CGAGAUCGCACAAGUCCUCUACCACCGCGCGACUCGGAUGGACCUGCUUCGGCGCCUCAUCGUGGCGCACAUGGCCAAGAUGGAGAGCUACCUCCAGUUCGUCGGCGUCUAUCUGCCCACACAGAUCUACGCGCACCUCUCGUUUCUGCCGCCCGUCGUGACGUACUCGUUUGUCUACAUCAUGCUGCAGGCCUUGGCAAUUCUCUGGGGCUUCCUCUUCAACGUCGGGUCGCUUCUCGGCGAAAACGUCAUUGCGAUCGCGACCAUGCCGUGGUCCCAAGCGCUCUCGGUGCUCUUCGUCCAUUACUCGGUCAUUGGCAUCAUCCUUAGCAUUGGCCGCACGACGUGGAUUCUCACGUGGCAAUCGGUUGAGGACUUUCCGUACAUCCGCCGCGUCAUGCGCCACGAAGCGUCGCCGCAACUCGUCGUCUUCCUCUGCGCGCUGCCCAUUCUGCUGCUACUCACUAGCCUCAUCGUCGUGCCGUCCGUGUGCACCAACCUCGACACAUCGCAGCCGAUUGAGUCGACGAUCUGCAAAACGAGUUAUCUUCGGUUCCUCACGCCCGCGUACCCCGUCUUCCAGAGGUCGCUGCGCCUUACCACGAUCAUUGCCUCGUGGCAGUUUGUGCAGGUCGUGCUCGAGAUCAUUCCGCGCUGGCGCGUCAUCCUCCAGCACAUGUCGCUUCUCAACGUCUGCGUCCUCGGGCUCUCACUCAUGGGACUCAACGGCCUUACGGUGCUCUGGACCAUCGAGUGGCUCUUGCGUCACUUCCACGUCAAAUUCACAUCGUUCAGCGACCUCUCGCCGCUGCGCUGGGAGACGACGGGCCUUGUACUCCUUUGCCUCUGGAUCCUCUGGUUCCUCACGCUCGUAUGCCACAGCUUUCCGCUCUCCUUUCCCUCGACAGACGAUGCGACCCUCGCCGCAUUCUUUGGGCGCAUCAAGCUGUCGUUCAUUCUCGGCCAAGUCAUCGUCUUUGUUCGCGCGUGCGUGCACCCGCAGAUGGGCUUUGUGCACGCGCAGCUCGAGCUCACUAUCAUCAACCUCCUCCUUCCGCUCAUCUACGUUUUCUCGCUCAUUUGUCUCCGGGGUCUCUGCCUCUCGUCCCCGCGGUCCGUCUUUAUUAGCGUUCCGAUCUCGGCCGGCACCGCGUACCUCUUGUACCGCGUCUCAGGCAUCGACCACCCGCACAUCUUUGUCGUCAUGGCGCUCUUCCUUUACGGCAGCCUCCUCCGGUGGCUCCAGCACACGGCACACAGCAGCACGCCCGGUCGCCGCGUUUCAUUCUCGUCCGAAGAUCAGGUCAAGCACAUUCGACCGCGCACGUACCAACGCGUCGCCUUUCGCUUCCUCCUCGCCGGCUCGAGCAUCCUCGCGCUCUACAUCCUCUUCCUCUCUGGCUUUGGUGCGCUCACGUUUCUCCAGCGUCAAUCCGAGUGGUUCCCAGACGCCGCGUCGCUUGUCGUGACGCCAACGGAAAUCAACGUCCAGCACGCACGCGUCGUGAACCUCAAGCUCGAGCUCGCACGCGACGAAGCGCCGCCGAUAGUGCCGCAGCCCCCGUUCUACGCGAGCUGCGGCAACCGGUGGCACGAUCUUAGCCUCGUCGACUACGCACUUAUGUCCCAAGCCGCGUACUUCAACCCGACAGGCAGCGACCUCCCCGACUUUCUCGCAGCCGUCUUUCCGCAGACGGCCGAGGGUGUCCCAAUGUUUGACAUUCGGAUUCCGGACAAUUACACGGCAAAAGGCUCCAAAGUCGAGUUUUUCGAGGCAUACUCGGCAGCACUCAAUCUCUCGGUGAUUUCGGUGCGCGGGACGGACGUCGGGCGGUUCCGAGAUCUCAUCGAAGAUGUCAAGAUGUUUGCCGAGCCGGUCAUUUUUGCCAUUCUUUCGAGCAUUUUCCCCACAAUUCGCAUGUGGCCAGACGUGACCUUCUCGACGCUCAUUGAACUCUACCACGAAAUGAUGUCACUCUUCGGGCUCAGCCACGAGUAUUGGUACUACCACGAGCUCAUGCACUACGUCCAAUCCAUCACGGAUCGCAACGUCAUCUUGACGGGCCACUCGCUCGGUGGCGGCAUCGCUCGCGUUGUGGGCUCGAUCUUGGGGAAGCCAUCCGUCUCGUUCUCGCCACCAGGCUCGGUGCAAACGUACAGCAAGCUCGUGCACGACAUUGCGGGCGAAAACUCGAUCGUGGACCGCAGGCGCCUGCACCACUUGUCGACGUGUGUGAUUCCAGAAUACGACCCGAUCACGAUGAUCGACACGCAGUCGGGCUUGAUCCAGCGCAUUACGUGCGACUCGUCGCACCUCUCGAUGCAGCUGAGUUGCCACAUGAACGAAGGCACGCUGUGCAACUUGAUGUCGCACUGCGGCGACCACCGCGCCCGGUUCGCGGCGUGCACGUUCGAGCACCGCGUGUCGACGAUCUCGGAGGAUCUCUUUGAGAUGGUGUUUGUCGACUUGAUAGCGCCCACGACGCUGAGUGGCCUCAUGAUUGCUGUCGCGAUUCUCUUCUCGCUCAUUCGGUACAAGUACAUUCGCCGCUACCAGCGCCAGAUCCUCCGUCUAAAACGCUAAGUGUACGCAAGCUAACUUAACAGGACCAUCAGCAUCAAGUGCUCCA